AUGCCCAACAAUAACCCUGCCUGUGCUGACUGCAAGGCCAAGAAGAAGCGGUGCAUCCACCCAUGUCUUCCCCCCUCCGGUCCUCCUCCUCCUCCUCCCGUCCCAACUCCCGCGGCGACUCCCGCCCCUGUCGCUCCCCCCGGCGUAGCCACCAGAGGCCGCCGCAAGGCCGCCGAGGCUAAGGCCAAGGCCAAGGAGAUGAGUCCCGUUCCGGCGGACUCCAGCGACGAGCUUUCCUCCCUGCCCUCUGAGGCCGAGGAGAAGCCGGUGGUGAAGAAACCCACCAAGCGCACUCGCCGCGCCAACACCACCGCCGCCCCCGAGUCUCAGACCGGGCCCCGUGACCUCUCCCCCGAUAACCUCCAUGCCUCCUCCACCAUGUCCGUCCACGCCAUCUGGGCGCGUACCCUUCAGGACAACCUCCAGAGACUGGAGAGGAGCAUGCAGGCCUUCAACGAGGCUCACCGCAAUGGCCUCGCCGCUCCCCAGGCCUUGAAUGAGGCCCACCGUGAGACCCUCGCCGCCGCCCAGGCUAUCCAGCACACUGUCGAUGGCUGGAUUCAGACCUGGGCCGUCUCUGGUCGUUGA